UGCACGUAUAAAUCUAUCUAUCCAUCUUAUCCAGAGCGUGAGGUUGACUGCAAAUUGUGAUCUCCAUUCCAACACACCUUCACAACCUUAUCUCCUUCCUCCCCUCCAUAUAUAUUUUUAUUACAUCCCAUUUAUUCACUCUUAUUGCUAUCUAUGUCUAUCUACCACUUUCCCUAUUUCACAUAAACCCUAAUGCCACUCUUCUUGCUUUGAUUACUUCAUUUUUGUAUUCCAUUCUCAUGGCAGCUUUGAUAUUUGCUCAAUCUUCUGCUCCUCUGCGUGUUUCUACUUUGAAUUCUCUUAUAAAUCCCAGAAAAUCUACCCAAUUUGGGGAUCAUUCUUUAGCUUUCAAGGCUUCAAAUAGGACUAAGAGGCCUCAAUGCUCUUCUCAGAUUCCACCCCAGCUUCAGCUUCAGAGUAAAGAUAAAGAUAGGUUCUUUCCUCUAAAGGAAUGUGCGAUUUCUAUUGCGUUGACAGUUGGCUUGUUAACUGCGGUGCCUGCAUUGGGUUGGCCGAGUUUAGCCAGUGCUAGUAGUAAUGCAGCAUUUCCAGAUUUGGCUGUGUUAAUAUCUGGGCCGCCGAUUAAGGAUCCAGGAGCAUUAUUACGCUAUGCUUUGCCUAUUGACAAUAAAGCUGUCAGAGAAGUCCAGAAGCCCCUUGAAGAUAUCACUGAUAGUUUAAAAAUUGCUGGAGUCAAGGCCCUUGAUUCAGUUGAAAGGAAUGUUAGGCAGGCCUCUCGGGCUGAAAAACAGGGGAAGAGUUUGAUUAUAUCGGGAUUGGCGGAAUCAAAGAAAGAUCAUGGUAUUGAAUUACUAGGCAAACUAGAAGUUGGAAUGGAUGAGCUCCAAAAAAUUGUGGAGGAUAAGAAGCGGGAUGCAGUUGCAAGCAAACAGAAGGAGCUACUCCAGUAUGUUGGCGGUGUUGAAGAGGACAUGGUGGAUAGCUUUCCAUAUGAAGUGCCAGAAGAAUAUAGAAGCUUGCCUCUACUGAAGGGAAGAGCAUCUGUGGAUAUGAAAGUAAAGGUGAAGGACAACCCCAACAUAGAUGAGUGUGUCUUUCGCAUAGUACUUGAUGGAUAUAAUGCACCAGUAACUGCCGGAAAUUUUGUUGAUUUGGUGAAAAGGCAUUUUUAUGAUGGAAUGGAGAUCCAAAGAGCGGACGGCUUUGUGGUCCAAACAGGAGAUCCUCAAGGUCCUGCUGAGGGAUUUAUUGACCCAAGUACGGAGAAAACUCGGACUAUACCUUUGGAGAUUAUGGUGGAAGGAGAAAAAGCACCAUUUUAUGAAUCAACUUUAGAAGAGCUAGGUCUGUACAAGGCUCAGACAAAACUUCCAUUUAAUGCAUUUGGAACCAUGGCCAUGGCCAGAGAGGAGUUCGAAAAUAAUUCUGGUUCAAGCCAAGUAUUUUGGCUAUUGAAAGAAAGUGAAUUGACACCUAGUAAUGCAAAUAUAUUGGAUGGCCGAUAUGCAGUGUUUGGCUAUGUGACAGAAAAUGAGGAUUUCCUGGCUGAUCUCAAAGUUGGAGAUGUCAUACAGUCAAUUGAAGUAGUAUCUGGGCUUGAAAAUCUUGUCAACCCGACCUAUAAGAUUGCUGGGUAAAUUCACAGGGUCUGAUAGUAUAUUCAAGAUAUUAUCAGAGUUUCAUUUCAAACGAAACAGAUGGUAUAAUCUGUUAGGUUUUGCUAAACUGAAUCCAUUCAUUGCAAAAGAGUCAGUAUUUGUAGAGUUAAAAUGAUUGAUCUGUUCACACAGGGUAACACUGAGAUGUAACAAACAAGGCUACUUUAAACUUUUCACUUUUUUGUAUUUAUAUGGAUGUCACAUACUGUAUCCCCUUA